AGUCACGAGAGGAGGCAUCCCCGCGGCAUUGCACUGCUCCCGGCCCUGCUCUUCCCACAGAGUCCGAUGGCGGCCGCACCCAGGGACCCAGCUCAGGGUAGUGUGACCUUUGAAGACGUGGUUGUGUACUUUUCCUGGGAAGAGUGGGGUCUCCUUGAUGAGACUCAGAGAUGCCUGUACCAUGAUGUGAUGCUGGAGAACUUUGCACUUGUGAUCUCACUGGGUUGUUGGUACGGAAUGGAGAGUGAGGAGAAGAUGGCACUGGGAAAGACUCCAAGUCCAGAUUCAUCCGUUUGGAAAGCUCAGCCCUGUGAGAAAUGUGUCUUGCUUGGGAGAGACAUUUUGUAUGUGGCUGAGGACCAAGGAUCACAUCCUGGGCAGAAAUCCUACACCUGCGAGGCAUGUGGGAAACGACUGUGGUUCAGUGCAGAUCUUCACCAGCACCAGAAACACAAUGAAGAGAAGCCAUUCAGAUGGGACAUGGAGCUUCUGACAAGCUACAAACUGCAUGUGUCAGGGAAGCCUUUCCCCUGUGGGGAAAUUGGGAAGGACUUCCUGGCCAUAUUGAGUCUUCUCCAACAUCAGGCCACUCUCAAAGGGGCCAACCCACAUAGCAGCUUGGAACUUCAGGAGUCCUUUCAAGGUAGAGAAAGUCCUCACAAGUGCAGCGACUAUGGCAAAGCAUUCAGCUAUGAAUAUAAACUUUUCCAGCAUCAGCACAUUCACACCAGAGAAAGUUAUCAGGACUGGGAUGACUGUGACAAACCUUUUAACCAAAGCUCCACCCUUACUAAUUGCCCGAGAGCUUACCCAGGACCAAGGACUUACGAGUGUAAUGAAUGUGGGAAAUCCUUUAGCCAAAGCUACAACCUCAUUCAACACCACAGAAUUCACACUGGCGCAAGGCCUUACAAAUGCAGCGAAUGUGGAAAAGCCUUCAGCUUCAAAUUCAGACUUGUCCAGCACCUGCAGAUUCACACUAGAGUGAGGCCUUAUGCGUGUGGCGAAUGCGGGAAAGCCUUCAGCUACAGCUCUACUCUCAUUAAACAUCAGAGAGUUCACACGAGAGAAAAGCCUUACAAGUGUGGGGAGUGUGGGAAUUCCUUCAGCCAAAGCUCCAACCUCAUUCAACACCAGAAAAUUCACAGCGGAGCCAGGCCUUACAAAUGCAAUGAAUGUGCAAAAUCCUUCAGCUACAAAUGCAAACUUGUUCAGCACCUGCGCAUUCACACGGGAGAAAGGCCUUACGAAUGCGGUGAAUGUGGGAAAUCUUUUAGCCACAGGUCCACUCUCAAUCAACACCAGAGAAUUCACACUGGAGCCAGACCUUAUAAGUGCAAUGAGUGUGACAAAUCCUUUAGCCAGAAGUCCAACCUCAUCCAGCACCGCAGAGUCCACACAGGAGAAAAGCCUUACGAGUGUGGGGAGUGUGGGAAAUCCUUCAGCCAAAGCUCCCACAUCAUUCAACACCGAAAACUGCACACCAGAUGACCUCAUGAAUGCAAUGGGAAAGCCUUCCUCUAUAAGGUCUAACACAUUCGUCAGCUAGACUCACUAGGAGGGAACCAGCUCUUAGGAUAUUAAUUAAACAUCACACAGGGCAUCACACAGGGGUAGAGUCCCCAAAGCCUUCUCUCUCUUGACCAUUAUGAAUGAUGGGGGAGGUUACACAGCCCUUCUUCCUCAUGAGGGUUCUGACCCCAUUUUGAUGAAGCUUAGGGGGGGGUUUCAAAGUACUGUUUACCUUCCCAAGCCUCCUAGAGUGCCCCGAGAAACAGUGUAUUUUCUCUGUCUCUCCACAUGCUGUGGGGCACUAGGGGGCAGAAAAGUUGUUCCCAAGUACUGCAAAGGAAUCAUGUGCCUUCAUGUGGGCUUAUAUAACAUGACAUGGCGGGGGGCCAGGUGACUUGUACAGAAACAGGACUGUAGGAAUUAGUACACCUACAGGAACUUGCAUCCACUUGCAGUGACUGUGCCUGUGGGUUCAGUUUAUAAACACUCCAACGUAAAGUUUCACAGUCCAGAAAAUGGCGACAUGAUGCUGUCACCCAGAUCAAAAUUACAUUGUCUCAGUGAUGCAGGGUGAUGGACCCUUGGUGCAAAAAAAGUGGGGGGACCCAAGACCUCUAUUUGAUUUUUUUAAUAAAGCUUUAUUGAGAUUAAUGAACAGGCUGUAAAAACUGCACAUAAGUAUAACCGAACCACAGAUGGUAAUAAAUCUAUGUAUAAAAGUUA